AGGCGGAACAGGGAAUCAGGAAUCAGCUGUCAAAAAAGUAGCUAAAGUGUAAGCAACGGAUCAGAAAGAGACAUCCUUCCAGAGAUGUUCAGAGCUGGUGUCCAGCACUGACCGCUUGACUGCCUGUGAGCUCUGACUGAACACAUCCGCCAAGAUGCCUGCAGUAUCCACCGGGGUCAAGGAGCUGUAUCUGUCCACAUCUCUGGGUGACCUCAAUAAAAAGGCUGAAAUCAAACCAGACAAGACGAGCACCAGGAGCUAUGUUCAGAGUGCCUGCAAAAUCUUCAAGGCGGCAGAGGAGUGUCGCCUGGACAGAGAUGAGGAGAAAUCUUAUGUGCUGUACAUGAAGUAUUUAACAGUAUAUGACAUCAUCAAGAAGAGACCAGACUUCAAGCAGCAACCGGAGUAUUACAUGACCAUGCUUGGGCCAUCCAGCUUUAAGAAAGCCAUUGAAGAAGCUGAGAAACUCUCUGAAAGCCUUAAACUCAGGUAUGAAGAAGUUGAGGUUCGAAAAAAACUUGAGGAGAAGGAGAGACAAGAAGAGAAGAAAAGGAAGGAGGAAAUACAGGAGAAAGAUGGUGGUCGAGGCUCUCCGAAAGCAUCAUCCCAAAACAAGAAGGACAGCAAAAAGGUAAAAGGGGAACAGAAUGAACUGAAGAAUGCGACCUCAAAAGCUGCAAUGCCGGCUGGCGGGAUCACAGCUGAGAAACUUUUCCAUAUGAUGAAGGACCAGACGAUUACAGUGAUUGUCAUGGACGCCCGCAGCCACAGGGAUUUUGAGGAGUCUCACAUUCAGGUCCCGGCCCAGAUUUGCAUCAGCGUGCCUGAUGAGGCCAUUAGCCCAGGAAUCACUGUGACUCAGAUUGAGGCAAAGCUGCCGGACGUGUCCAAAGACCAUUGGAGGCGGCGGGGUUUCGUGGAUUAUAUAGUACUGCUGGACUGGUUCAGUUCUGUCACUGAUCUUAGACUCGGCACCACCUUGCAGAGCCUCAAAGAUGCCCUCUAUAAGUGGGACAGCAUCACCAUCCUGCGGAGUGAGCCGCUGGUGCUGGAGGGAGGCUACGAGAACUGGCUGUUGUUUUACCCCAUGUACACAACCAACGCUAAAGUUCGGCCCCCUAGACAGGAUAUCAUCAGCACCCUCCCUCAGUUGAACUUUAGCUACCCAUCCUUAGAGGAACCGAAGCCUCCAACCCCACCUAAACCGGAGCCUGAGAUCACACCGGAGCCUCAGGAACCCCCGGCUCCUGUGCUGGUGAACGGGGUUGCUGCAGUAGAACCUCCCACGUCCAAAACUUUCACAGUCGCUCACAGUUUGCCAGACACCGUUGACUCCCCCGUCACAGUCUCCACAAAUUCUGGGCUUGACCUCAGUAAGAAGGGCCCUGCGGCAGGCACACCCAGCCAGUCACCUGCAACAGCCAAGGCGUUCCCACAGUUUGAUCGUACCAAGAAACCCUCUGUCCGUGUGUCGGACGAGCUCAAGCCCAGCCAGAACGGGUCAGCGAAGGACUCCACCCAGAACGGCCCAUUUGUCCCUGACCGCUCAGUCAAACCGUCCUUCACCCCCAACACCUCCCUGUCUAAGGAAGAACAAAGUCAGAUACACUCUGAGGUGGUGGCGGUGAUGGAGAAGGCGAGGCAAGAGCAGGAGAAACGCAACCAGGAGCGUCGUUCAGAGGAGGAGAGACGGGAGAAGGAACAGAAGGAGAAGGAGUUGAAAGAAAGGCUAGAAAGGGAGGAACGUGAUAAGAGGAAGAAGGAGGAGGAGGAGAAAGGACAUCAGGAGAAAAAGAAACUCGAAAGGCAGAAGGCAAAAGAAGAGGAAGACAAAGAGAAUAAGGUGUGGGAGGAGAAAGAGAGGAGGGGAAAGGAGCAGAACUCUGAUACACCCUCGAAGAGUAUGUCUCUGGACUCGCCUGCUCCCAACCAUAUUGUUAGUGAAAUUAAGAGGGAGCCCUUGACAAGAGCAAGGAGUGAGGAGAUGGGCAGGAGUGUACCAGGCCUUCCUGACGGCUGGAUGAAGUUCCUUGACACAGUGACGGGGACCUACCGAUACUACCAUUCUCCAACCAACCGCGUGCACCUGUACCCUCCUGAGGUCACCGUUCCCCAGACCCCUCCCUCCACACCGCCAACAGUCAAGCAGAAACCACCACAACCAGCUGAGCCGGACGUCAACCCUGAGCGAGAGCGGGAGCAGUCUAAACUGAAACGCUCCUACUCCUCGCCCGAUAUCAGCCAGGACCUGAGAGAGGAGGCCCAGAAGAAGGCCACCGCCCCGACCACUGCUGCUGUCAUACCCACCAUCAACAGAGAGACCAAACCUGCCGCAGCUAAAGUCUAUCCUAAAGUGGAGAUUGCGCGGCCUUCAGCUGCCAAAAUCCGCAACCUGAAUCCUACAUUUGGAGGUCUAGGCGCAUCGCUGACUGGCCUCCGUAACCUGGGCAACACAUGCUACAUGAACUCCAUCUUGCAGUGUCUGUGUAACACCCCUGCCAUGGCCGAGUACUUCAACAACAAUUUCUACAUGGAGGACAUCAACAGGUACAACAUCCUCGGCCAUAAAGGGGAGGUGGCGGAGGAGUUCGGUGUGAUCAUGAAAGCCCUGUGGGCCGGUUUGUACAAGUGCAUCAGCCCACGGGACUUCAAGAUCACCAUAGGCAAGAUCAAUGAGCAGUUUUCUGGCUAUGACCAGCAAGACUCUCAGGAGCUGCUGCUGUUCCUCAUGGACGGGCUCCAUGAGGAUCUCAACAAGGCGGACAACAGGAAGCGGUACAAGGAGGAGGAAAAUGACCACUUGGACGAUAAGACGGCGGCCGAUGUGGCUUGGAGCAAACACAAGCUGCUGAACGAGUCCAUCAUUGUAGCACUGUUCCAGGGCCAGUUCAAGUCCACCGUGCAGUGUCUGACCUGCCAUCGCAAGUCACGCACAUUUGAGACCUUUAUGUACCUGUCGCUGCCUCUGGCCUCCACCAGCAAGUGCUCCCUGCAGGAUUGUCUGAGGCUGUUCUCUAAGGAAGAGAAGCUGACCGACAACAACAAGGUGUUCUGCAGACACUGCAAGGCCCACAGAGAUUCCACCAAGAAACUGGAGAUCUGGAAGGUCCCACCCAUUCUCCUGGUGCACUUAAAACGGUUCUCCUAUGAGGGUAGAUGGAAGCAGAAGCUGCAGACGUCUGUAGACUUCUCGUUAGACAAUCUGGACCUGGCCCAGUACGUCAUCGGACCCAAACAGAACCUGAAGAAAUACAGCCUUUAUGGAGUUUCUAACCACUACGGGGGUUUGGAUGGCGGCCACUACACAGCCUACUGUAAGAACGGCCUCAAACAGCGCUGGUACAAGUUUGAUGACCACGAGGUGUCCGAAAUCUCCACCUCCUCCGUCAAGUCCUCCGCGGCCUACAUCCUGUUUUACUCCACCCUGUGAUGGAACUGUGGGACACGAAGAGAGAACACUCCACCAGGGCAGCGACGCUCAAGCCUAGAGGUUGUUUUUCCUUUUUCUUUUUGAAGUCACAGCUCUGAGGACCUGGCGCACGUAGUUGCGGGUAACCUAGUCGUGUAUGUGCACGCGAAGACGUUCUCGAGCGAGUGGCUAUGGGAGCCCGUCUUGUCGCAGACCGGGGAAAGGUGCAGGCACACUGCGCAAUGCUUCAGCUACUAGAGGACCUUAUACCUGUUAAAACAUGCCGUCUGUUCGUAUUACUGAUAAUCUAGAGACUAAACAGAUGCUCCUUCUACUCUGAUUUCUUUACCUUGAUGGUUGUGUUGUAGGGCUGACAGCUGGUCAGAUGCUCUUCACUGUCAUUUCUGUUGCACCCAGUGUGGAUGGCCGUAUUGCAGAACUGAUCUUCAGCUUUCUUGUACUGUGCAGACACCGGGGUUAACAGUUGGACGCCAUGUACAUACUUACCAAUGCUGAUGUUGCACAUUGAAAAAUGUAAAUACUCGAGGGCAAGGUGUUUAACUGUUAAGUGACCAAAUUUUUCUUUCUUGAAAGUAGCAGCCAUUAUAGUUAUCACCAUAUUCAUAAAGACAACCCACGUGUUUUAGGGGUUUAACUCUAUAGCCUUCUGAUGUUUAACAUGGUCCUAAAGGGGACGGAGGAGACUGCGAGUGUUGAAUUUUGCAUUCUUCCCUCAGAGAGAAUAGGGAAUUGCGAUUGUUGCUUGUUCAUAUUAGCCACAUUCUUGCACUUACACAAUAUGCAAUCAAUUUAAGUUGUUUAUUUAGAUCAUGUUGUUUAACAGCAGACAUUAAUACUCGACUCAGAAUGCUUUAAAAUGACACUGAUGCUGAGAUCUUGUCCGUCUUGCUCGGUUCAGCCAGUGACAGAAGAACCGACCUGCUUCUUUAAAGUUUGUUGUAGAAUUUCUUCUCUGUUUAACAUACUCGACUCUUUACAUUAUUUUAUUCAAAAACUAUUUGGAGGAAAUAUGACUGGGGUAACUCGGCAUCCUUCUUGGCUGGUUUUGGUUUUGAAAGAACAUGUUUCCAGGAGGCUGUAAUUUUGAUUGAUCGGAUUUAGUUUUUUUCUGUGUUCAGAACCGACCCUGGAGAAUAUGAAGACUUGAGAAAUUGACCAUGAGUGCGUUAGUGUCGAUAUUUGCUGCCUGACUGACUGACUGAGUGACUGACUGACUGACCGAGCAAGCACAAAGUACACUGAUGUUUUUUUCUGAAUGGACCAGAGAUGUGAGGUGGCAGGAUUUGACUCUCUACUUCCUGAGUACAGUUUUAUUGCCUGGCAUGAAAUCAUAAUCUGUUUUGUUUUUACUUGUACAUGUUGAUUUCAUUUCUUAAUGCUCUAGAAAAAUUGUUUCGGAUAUAACGAUUAUAUUAACCUCGAACAACUCAUAUGACUAUUUAUUAAAACUGCUUCA